CACCACCGCCGACCUCCUCUCGCACACACCAAAUCAAACCAACCCAUCUAUUCAAACUCGGCUCGCCACCACUCUCCUUCCAUCUAUCCCAAUGUCGGCCUCACCCGAAUUCUGUAAGCCCGCCGCCGUGCCGGACUACACGGCGCGUCUCUUCGUCGCGGCCGACGAGGACAACUCCUACGUCUACAGGACGCCGACGGGCACCCGAAUCAGUUAUCUCGGGGAGCCCGCAACCUGCCCGCCGGCGCCGAGGAAGCCGCGCCCGCCGCCGGCCUCCGCGUGCCGGAAGCGUCUGUUCACCGCCGGCGAUGUCAUCACUCUGCGCUUCGACGACCUCGAGGAAUCUUCAGCCCUGCCUCGCUCUGGGAAACCGGCAGCGCGGCCGCUCCGAGGACGAGCUCAGCAGCAGCUACAGCAGAAGGACCGUUGGCACCAUUUGAGAUGACUGCUUAGGGCUAGUGCCAGUACUAGUUGCCAAUCGUAUGGAUGUGUAAGCCAUAGGUAUAAACUGUUCAUGCACGAUCGUAACCAAGUGAUCGUACACGAGCAGUACUUGCAUUUUCUUAAACACGUACGCACCCUCUGUAACGAUCGAUCCAUCCUAAAUUCCUAAUAAUAAGAUUAUUGUUUGUCUGCUUC